ACGUGCUAAAGUAUAAAAGAGCAGACGCCUCCAGAGGAAGACACAGUCACCCACCAGACUCCAGCACGGACCUCGUCUUCGCAGCUCCACAUCUCCUCACUAUGAACGCCAUGUUUGUUGCGGUGAUCCUGGGAGUGGUGGCCGUCGCCAGCGCGACCACAGUACCAGCCGGCACCAGCGUCUACCAGCAGCCUCAGUACCAACCACUCCAACCUGGGGUGCAGUACCAGCCUGUGGUGCAGCGCCAGCCCGUCGUGCAGUCAGAACAGGUGGUUGGAGGCCGCGUCGUGCCUGGAGUGUACCCAGGCAGUGUGGGCUCGCACGUCUACACCUCAGGGGUCGUCCCCAGUGUCUACUCCUCUGGAAUCGUUCGUGGCGUCCACCCUGCCAACGCUGCCCCCACUGUAGGAGGGUCCUACCCUUACUAUCCCACCGCCUGAGCUUCCUGUUCACAGAUUACCUGAACAAUUUCACGACGUCUUUCGCUGAUCCAUGAAUGACUGUGUAUGCCCAAAUUUGGUGAAUAAAUCUUUUCUCAGUGUCACUAUAAUAAAGUAUUUUAUAUUUCA